CCACGUUAGAGACGUCAAAACUCCAACAACAACAGCAAUGGAGGCCAAUCAUGAGGAUUCCUGCAAAGCUCUCCCGGAGCUUCUUUCCUCCUUCGUCGACACCUUCGUCGAUUUCUCCGUCAGCGGCGGCUUAUUCCUACCCGCCACUCCUACUUCUCCGCCUCGGCCACCAGCCACCUCCGCAACUCCACAAGAUGGCGCUCUCCCCCCUCCCGAUCCCUUCCGAACUCGUUACCCUACUCCCAGCCGGCUCAUCGCCAUCGGAGAUCUCCACGGAGACCUGGAGAAAUCAAAACAGGCCUUCCGCCUCGCCGGCCUGAUCGACGCAUCCGAUCGCUGGUCGGGCGGCUCCUCCACUGUUGUCCAAGUCGGCGACGUGUUCGAUCGCGGCGGCGACGAGCUCAAGAUUCUCUACUUGUUGGAGAAGCUGAAGAGGGAAGCCGCUAAGAGCGGCGGGAAUCUGAUUACAAUGAACGGGAACCACGAGAUCAUGAACGUAGAAGGCGAUUUCCGCUUCGCGACUCGAUUAGGGUUCAAGGAGUUUGAGGAUUGGGCGUUUUGGUACCAAAUGGGUAACAAGAUGAAGACUCUCUGCGCUGGCUUGCCAAACCCUAAAGACAUAUUCGAAGGCAUCCCUAGAGCGUUUCACGGCGUAAAAACGGAUGCUUUGAAUGGAAUCAGAGCUCGAAUCGCUGCUCUGAGGCCCGGCGGCCCUGUGUCCACCAAAUUCUUGACGAACAAUCUAACUGUAGUUGUCGCAGGCGAUUCUGUGUUCGUACACGGCGGAUUGUUGCCUCAACAUGUUGACUACGGCCUGGAGAGGAUGAACAAGGAGGUGAGGGACUGGAUUUCCGGCUCCAUGGGGAGAUCUGCGCCGAGCUACUGCAAAGGAAGGGAUGCUGUAGUUUGGUUGAGGAAAUACUCCGAGGAAGUGGCGUCGAAAUGUGACUGUUCUACGCUCGAGCAUGUUCUCGCGACGAUCCCUGGAGCGAGGAGGAUGAUAAUGGGGCACACGAUUCAGGAAGGCGGGAUCAACGCGAUAUGUGAGAACAGGGCGGUCAGGAUUGAUGUGGGGAUGUCACAUGGUUGCGGAAAUGGGUUGCCCGAGGUUUUGGAGAUCAAUGGGAAUUCGCAGGAGGUAAGGAUUCUGACCUCUAACCCAUUGUAUUACAAGAACAAGGAUAGUUACAAGUCUGGUAUAGAGGAUAGUGGUAGCAGGAAAGAUGGCGUUGGGUCGUUGGGUUCGAUGAAUAGGUUGCCCCAGGUGGUUGAAGUUAAGGCUUGAAGAGGUUUGAAAUUUGGUUCUGGUUACUAUCCAGCUAUGUUAUUGGGAAUUAGGAUUGGUUGUUUAGAUGAGCUUCCCCCAGAAUUUGUAAAGCAUUGUUUUGUGCUAUCAAUGAACAGCUAGGAAGCACCUCUGAACUUUUAGCCAUGUUUGCUGCAUAUGUUUGGUGCACCGAUUUCCAUUCUUUGAUUUCUUUGGUUGGUGUGUGCAUAAUUAGCUUCUACCAUGAAUGAGGUCAUCGAUUUCCCACUUCCCAGUUUCUGCCAUUGAGGUAUGUGUCUGGAACUUGAGAAGUAAGUUAGAAGUGUCAGCUGUCUGAUGCAAAAGGGUUUAUCUUCAUGUAUGUAUUUUAGUCGUACACAAGAAAACCUUCUGUGGGCA